AUUAAUGACACUUUAAAGCAGAGCUGUUUCCUGGAAAAUAUGGUGGGGGUGGUUGGAAUCACUUUUCCUGACGACGAUUCUUAAAGCAUUUUAUGGUUGUACCAAUCCAAUCCAAUGGCUUUCACUUUGUGGUAUCCAAAGAAUCAUAUACCUUCCUUUCUUUCCUUAUCUCCUUCAACCACUUAGAAGACCAAGACUUGUGAGUGGUAGUAACAUUUUAAAUGGCCUCCAAAAUUCACUAAAAUGAAGAAAAAUUUAACAUAAAAUGGGUAGCAUAUUCAGUUUUCCAUUUCGUAAACAGAGUAGUCGUAAUAGUUCCAGUGAUAACUGCACUUCUACUUCUUCCAGGAGAACAGGAAAUCGAUCACUAUCCUCUUUGUCCUCCUAUGAGUCCUCUAUAAUUAAUGAUAAUUUUAGUUCUAGAACUGUGAGAGACUUGCCGGAUUCGGGCUCUGUUAAUGCGAAGAGAGCUUCAAGUAACAGCAAAAUGGAAGUGGACAAGAUGAAGCAGGAUAAGAAGAGCAAGUAUUACUAUAUUCCUGAUAAUUUCUCAUCCCUUGAUCAGGUUACUGUAGCCCUGAGAGAAUCAGGACUGGAGUCAUCAAAUUUAAUUAUUGGGAUAGAUUUCACGAAAAGUAACGAAUGGACAGGUAAAGUUUCCUUCAACAAUAGGAGCUUGCAUGCAAUAGGCGAUUCACAAAAUCCAUACGAGAAAGCCAUAUCUAUCAUUGGAAAGACGUUGUCUCCAUUUGAUGAAGAUAAUUUAAUUCCUUGUUUUGGGUUUGGUGAUGUGACCACGCAUGAUCAAGACGUGUUUAGCUUUCACAGUGAUCACUCUCCUUGCCAUGGCUUUGAAGAAGUCCUAGCUUGCUACAGGAAAAUAGUUCCAAAUCUGCAAUUAUCUGGGCCAACAUCAUAUGGGCCAGUAGUAGAUGCUGCAGUAGAUAUAGUGGAGAGAACUGGUGGACAAUACCAUGUGUUGGUUAUCAUCGCUGAUGGACAGGUUACCCGGAGUGUCAAUACGAGUGACAUGGAACUCAGCCCACAAGAAGAAAAGACAAUUAAUUCUAUUGUUACUGCAAGCAUGUAUCCUCUCUCUAUUGUUCUUGUUGGAGUUGGCGAUGGACCUUGGGAAGACAUGCAAAAAUUUGAUGACCUGAUACCUGCUCGUGAAUUUGAUAAUUUUCAGUUUGUGAAUUUUACUGCUAUCAUGAAAAAAUAUACAACUGAUUCUGCAAAAGAAGCUGCAUUUGCUCUUGCUGCGCUCAUGGAGAUCCCUAUCCAAUAUAAAGCAGCUAGAGAACUUGGUCUACUUGGGAGAAGAACAGGUAAGGCGAAGAAGGUAGUUCCAAGGCCGCCACCAAUUCCUUACCGUCGCCCCAUGGCAUUCCCAACUCAAGAUCAAAGUCUUUCAGGAUCCCCACAAAAUGAACGUAUUCAAGUUUGCCCAGUUUGUCUAACUGGUACUAAAGAUCUGGCUUUUGGUUGUGGACACAUGACCUGCAGAGAAUGUGGUCCAAAAUUGUCAGAUUGUCCCAUUUGUCGUCGACGGAUUACUAGUCGUAUCCGGUUAUACACUUAAAAUGCCGGUUACACUUAAAAUAUCAACUGCAGUGACAGACUGAUGUAAAUAUGUGUAUAUUUUCUCGAGUUUAACUUAUAUACAUCGAUAAAUGUAAAUAUUUUCUACACUAUCAUGUCACUUUUACCUGUUUCUUUUUAAGAUGAAAGGGUUAUCUGAUAGUGUAAAGUUUUCUUUUAUGUGUUGGUAUUCUGGAAGUUGAACCUUGUUGUCUUGUAUGUAAUCCAGUGUUGGACUGAAAAAUAUGUUACUUUUUGUAUUUGUUUGUAAUAUGGAAUGUCAUUUGUAAGGAGUUAAAUGCUUAUAUAAUCACUCAACUUUGGGUAA